AGCAACGGCUGUGCGCUACAGAGAGAGGUCUGGUGAGGGAGCGAUUUUUCAUGUCUGCUUAGGUAUUCUCCCUACAGGCAGGAGCAGAAGGCUUCUUCUAAUUAUUGGAAAGGCUGUCCCUCUACCUGUCUGUGGGUUUGGUUUUUUCUGCUGAGGUGUCCCUACCAAGCUGUCACCCUGAAGUUUCUGGCUGUCUUACUGGUGGCAGGAAUGCUUGCAUUCCUGGGUGCCAUCAUUUGCAUUAUUGCCAGUGUCCACCCGGCAGCCAAAGGACCUGUCCUUGGUGCUGAAAAUGAAUCUGCAGCCACAGCUCCAAAUGAGAAGAGCUUAGGAGCCCUACAUGGUGUCAAGAACCUGUAUGGAUCAAAGGAUGCCAUCCUGGACCUGUCUGGUGCCAAGGCACAGGGUGUUCCGAGCUUCAGCAGGCUCCUGUGCACUCCCCUGGCCAUGGAGUGCCCCUCUGAUGUGCAGAGAGAUUCCCCCCAGCCUGCGGGAGAAGAGAUCCUCUCCAUGCAGAACACGGCAGAGCAGCUGAGGCAGACGGUGCUGCAGCAGAAGAAACAAAUCGUAACGGAUCAAGAGGCCAUCAGGGAGUUGACCGGAAAGCUGAGCCGGUGCGAAAACGGACUAGACAAGGGCUUUAAGGAGGGUUCUGAUGGAUGGGGAACCAAAGAAGGUGCAAUGGGAGAUUUGCCCCUCGAUUCUCCCCAGGCGGUGCAAGAACUGGAGGAGGCCGUCAGAACUCUGAAGGAUCGGAUUGAGAAAAUCGAGCUGGAGAUUCAACAGCGUGUGAACAACAUAUCCUUUCCAGCUUCUACUGUUGCUUCCCCUCUUCAUGGACGGGACUCGCUUCAGUGGAACUUGCUAGAGCUGGAAGCUCAGCUGUUGGCCAAGUUUCAGGAGCUAGAGAAAGAGCAGUCAACAGCAUCUGGGGAGAGAGACAAGCAGGAUAUUGAGAAGGAGCUAAGCAUAUUGCAGAAUCGUAUAGCAGAACUGGAACAGGGUUUACCUGGUUACAAUCCAGAGAACUUCAAGCUCAGCUUCCCAGUCCGUACAAACUAUAUGUAUGGUCGAUUGAAGAAAACUCUGCCGGAACUUUAUGCCUUCACCAUGUGUGUGUGGCUGAAAUCCAAGGCCUCCUCUGGGUCUGGGACACCUUUCUCAUACUCUGUCCCAGGGCAACCUAAUGAGAUUGUGCUGCUGGAAUGGGGACAUAAUCCAAUGGAACUUCUUAUCAACGACAAGGCUACACAGUUACCUGUCAGCUUGAAGGAUGGGAUGUGGCAUCAUAUUUGUGUGGCUUGGACUACACGAGACGGCAUGUGGACAGCAUUCCAGGAUGGCAAGAAGAAAGGAUCUAAUGAGAACCUGUCUGCCUGGCACCCUAUUAAACCAAAUGGUGUCAUAAUAUUUGGACAGGAGCAGGACACAUUGGGGGGACGGUUUGAUGCCACCCAGGCAUUUGUUGGAGAGGUGGCACAGUUCAACAUGUGGGAUCGAGUUCUCACCCUGAAUGAAAUAGAGGGCAUUGCCAACUGCACAUCCCUGCUUUCUGGGAACCUUAUACAGUGGGACAACCGCCAGGUAGAGGUUUUCGGAGGAGCCACAAAGGGCACAUUUGAGAGCUGUGAGGAGCGCCUGGGUCACUAAAAAAAAAAAAUCAGCCUCAAACUCCC